AGCUUUACACGAGCUUUGGAGCCAUAGCGGUAUACAAACAGUAGAAGAUGAUUGUGGCCUUCUAUUAGAAAUAAUAGAAGACUUAACAAUGGAAGAAAAUCUUGAUAAUGAACGAAAGCAGCAUUUAACCUCAUUACAAGAUAUCGAAAAGGAGUUAAUUUAUUAA